CCGCCUCCGGUGGCUUUUUCUCAAGCGUUUCCAAAGUGGGAGACCGUUUAGUGUGCUUCUCUGGCUUUGGAUUGCUCAGAAGCCUGUGGAUUGAGUUGUGCAAAUACUGAUUUUAAUGUUCUCAGUCUGGAAUCGCUAUGAGUGAUUUCAGUGAAGAACUGAUAAGGCCCUCAUCAGAGGAUGAUAAGGUGGAAAAAUGUGUGCUUUCUGGUAAAGGAAUGUAUUUUCCUUGGCUCCGAAAGCUUGUGGAAACUGUAGAGACUGGAGGGAGAAAGGAGAAAGAUUUUGCCCAGACAACAAAUGCUUGCUUAAAUUUUAUCCAAGAAGCUCUGCAGAAGCAGCAGUGGCAGCGAGCUGCAGAAUACAUGCACAGUUAUUUACAGAUCUUGGAAGACUCUGACAGCUACAAAAGGCAGGCUGCUCCCGAGAUUAUUUGGAAACUUGGAAGUGAAAUUCUAUAUUACCACCCUAAAAGCAAUGUGGAGACUUUCAAUACCUUUGCAGACCGGAUGAAGAAUAUUGGUGUCAUGAAUUACUUAAAGAUCUCCUUACAACAUGCCUUGUACCUCUUGCACCAUGGAAUGCUUGAAGAUGCAAACAGAAGUCUCAGCCAAGCAGAGACAUGGAGAUAUGGUGAAAAGUCAUCUUCCCAGGAAAUAUUAAUUAACCUCGUUCAAGCCUACAAAGGGCUUUUGCAAUAUUACACUUGGUCUAAAAAGAAGAUGGAAUUGUCUAAACUUGAUGAGGAUGAUUAUGCUUACAACGCAGCAUCCCAGAAUAUGCUCAACCACAGUUGGAAGACAUCUAUAAAUCUCGGUCCGUUGAUUAAAAUUCCGGGUGUUUGGGACCCUUUUGUGAAGUGUUAUGUAGAGGUGUUGGAUUUCUAUGGGGAUCAUGAUGGAGCCCGAGAAGUGCUCACCAAUUAUGCCUAUGAUGAAAAGUUCCCAUCAAAUCCUAAUGCCCAUAUCUACUUAUACAACUUUCUAAAGAAAGAGAAGGCACCAAAAGAGAAACUAAUAAGUGUGCUUAAGAUCUUGUAUCAAAUUGUACCAUCUCAUAAACUGAUGUUAGAAUUUCAUAGAUUACUGAGAAAAUCAGACAAAGAAGAACACCACAAACUGGGGUUGGAGGUAUUAUUUGGAAUCUUAGAUUUUGCUGGAUGCACUAAAAAUAUAAUUGCUUGGAAAUAUUUGGCAAAAUAUCUCAGACAGACCUUAGUGGGAGAUCAUCUUGCCUGGGUUCAAGAAGAGUGGAACUCCAGGAAAAACUGGUGGCCACACUUUCACUUCAGCUUGUUUUGGGCAAAAAGUGAUUGGAAGGAGGAUAAAGCCUUAGCUUGUGAGAAAGCUCUGGUAGCUGGAAUAUUAUUAGGAAAAGGUUGUAGAUACUUUCGAUAUAUUUCAAAACAAGAUCAUCACGUCUUAACAAAAAAAAUUAAGCAGAUGAAGAAAGCAGUGAAGAAACUCAGUAUUGUAAAUCCAUGACACUGAUGUUGAAAUUUAUUUCGGAUUAGAAACUGCAGAACAGUAGCUCAGAAUUCUGGUGGUUGUUGAAUGUAUUUAUUUGUUAUUUUAAGAAGGUAGUUUGUAUGGUUACAAAAAUUUUUUUUCAUGUUUUCUAUGAAUUACACCUAGAGAAAGUCUCACU